AUGGUUGCAGCAGAUCCUGCGUUCAGAUUAAAGUACUUGUCAAACCGUCCUGCUGAUGUUUGUGUAGGUCGUGGGCUUUGUUUUCCUGUCAUAAAGACGUGUGUGUUUGGGAAUGAAUCUAAGACUGGACUGCUGGAUGAUGCUUCAUCGGCGGCCAGAAACGAGUCUGAAUCCAGUUCAUCUGCUCGGCAGGCCGUCAAACUCUUCUUCUGCGCUGCUGGACUCCAGGCGUCGUACCUGACCUGGGGAGUUCUUCAGGAGCGGGUGAUGACGCGCUCGUACGGUGCGACCGAGGUGGAAGGCAGCGGCGAGCGCUUCAGAGACUCUCAGUUUCUGGUGUUCAUGAACCGGAUCCUGGCGCUGACGGUGUCCGGUCUGUGGUGUGUCCUGCUCAAACAGCCCCGCCACGGUGCGCCCAUGUACAAAUACUCCUUCGCUUCACUGUCCAACAUCCUCAGCAGCUGGUGCCAGUAUGAAGCGCUCAAAUACAUCAGCUUUCCCACACAGGUCCUGGCCAAGGCCUCUAAGGUGAUCCCCGUGAUGCUGAUGGGCAAGAUCGUGUCGCACAAGAGCUACGAGUACUGGGAGUACUUGACGGCCGUCCUGAUCUCGCUGGGCGUCAGCAUGUUCCUGCUCUCCAGCUCCAGCAGCAAACACCCCUCCACCGUCACCACCUUCUCCGGCGUGGUCAUCCUCGGCGGAUACAUCGUCUUCGACAGCUUCACCUCCAACUGGCAGGACAACCUGUUCAAGUACAAGAUGUCGUCGGUGCAGAUGAUGUUCGGCGUCAAUCUCUUCUCGUGUCUCUUCACGGUGGGCUCUCUGCUGGAGCAGGGCGCCUUCUUCGACUCGCUGGCCUUCAUGAUGCGUCACUCGGAGUUCGCGAUGCACGCCGUGCUGCUGUCGGUUUGCUCCGCCUGCGGGCAGCUCUUCAUCUUCUACACCAUCUCUCAGUUCGGCGCGGCCGUCUUCACCAUCAUCAUGACUCUGCGGCAGGCCAUCGCCAUCCUCCUGUCCUGCUUCCUCUACGGUCACGCCGUCACCCUGGUGGGCGGCUUGGGUGUGGGUGUAGUCUUCCUCGCGCUCUUCCUCCGCAUCUACGCCCGCAGCCGCGUGAAGAAGAGCAGCAAGUGGCCGCCGCAGUCGCCCGUUCAGAAGGUUUAAUCCAGUGUACAGAAGCCACAUUUUCGUGGUUUGUUUGUCUUUUUUUGUUUGCUGCAGAACUGUGGGUUUGUGUUUCGUACGGUCGGACGCUACAAAAAGGGAUUCCUCUUUAUCUUAAAGGGAUUUUGCCUGCGCGUCGUGUGUGUGUGUGUGUGAGAAAUGACUUCACGAGCCAUCGAGCGAACACGGACUUUGAUAUCUUUGUAAUUUGGUACUAAAUUCGUUCAGUUUUUCUAUUUAAAGUUUGCUUUAAGAAGUUGUUCGAGAGGAAAAUGAACUGUUGUUUAGGAGUGUUAGUUCACCCAUCGUUCUGUUCGCAUUAUAUCUGGGUCAUAUUUCACUCCAAAGUCCAAAGGAAAAUAUGAAAUUAAUAAAAAAAACACAAUAAGAAAUAGAAAAGACCAUGUGGCCUUUUUUUAAAAACCAUUAUAUUUUUUGCAUAAUGACAUUAUUUUCAUCAAAACUGAACACAUU